CCUGUGGAGAAGAAACAGAGCACGCGAUGCACACUCAGGGACACUUGCAAGCUGCAGAGUUUCCCUGUCACACGCCCUCAGCUGUAGGACACCCCUCUGAUUCCCCAGUGACUAGGGCGGACCUGGAGACCCCAGCUCAUUCACCUCUUUCCUUUGUCUCCACAGCAUGCCCAGUGCUGGAACCGGGUGUGACCGAGAACCCUGGCGCCUCCGUGCCAGUGUUCACGGCUCUGUCCUUCGCCACACCUGCUCCCGGCCCAGCACACGGGCCGCCCCUCGUGACUGUAGUGGUUCCUCCAGGCGGCCCUCCAGUGCUGUCCGCCCUCCCCAGGACUCCCCUGGUGGCAGGACAGGAUGGCCGCGGCCCAAACUGGACUGGGGCUUCCAACAUCUUUGGCCAGAUGAUGACAGCAGUGGGGCCUGUGAACGCCCCUCGGGCACAGACCUUGGUCCUAACUCGGGCCCCCCUCGUCUGGCGGGCUCCAGGUGCCGUCUGUGAGGGCGUCGUGUGUCCACCUCCCCGACCCCUGGCAGCUGCCCCCGUGGUGCCCGCUAUGGCUGCCCACAUCGUUGGGGGCACCCAGGCCUUCGAGGGAGGCUGGUCCCAGGGCCUUCCUCCUCCAACACCACCACCGGCUCCCCAGCUGGCCCCCAUCAUGGCCCCAGGAAAUGCUUGUCCAUGGCCACAAGGGGCUCACGGAGAGGGCAGCCAGGCUCCCUCCCAGGCCAAGGCCCAACCGGAUGACUCCUGCAACCCCAAGAGCGUGUAUGAGAACUUCCGACUCUGGCAGCGCUACAAGCCCCUGGCCCGGAGGCACCUUCCCCAGAGUCCGGACACGGAAGCGCUUUCCUGUUUCUUCAUCCCGGUUCUCAGAUCCCUGGCCCGGCGGAAGCCCAGCAUGACCAUGGAGGAGGGACUGCGGUGGGCCAUGCGGGAAUGGCAGCACACGAGCAACUCUGAACGCAAGAUCUUCUACCAGAUGGCGGCAAAGUUCCUGGAGUUUGAGGCUGAGGAGGAGAUGCAGAUUCAGAAGUCGCAGUGGAUGAAGGGACCCCAGGGCCAGCCUCCUCCAGCCCUGCCGAGGCUUGAACCUCAGGGACCGUCAGCCCCUGAGGUGGUCAAGGAGCCAGUGUACCUUCCCAGCAAGGCCGGCCCCAAGGCCCCGCCUGCCUGCCUGCCACCACACAUGCCCCAGCGGCCAGCGGAGACCAAGGCCCACCUGCCACCACCCAGGCCCCAGCAGCCGGCGGAGACCAAGGCCCCCGAGGAGAUACCCCCUCAAGUGGUGCAGGAGUAUGUGGACAUCAUGGAGGAGCUGCUGGGGACUCCCGUUGGGGCCACGGGGGAGCUCGAGGGACAAUGGGAAGAGGGCGAAGCGGAGCAGCAAGGGGAUGGGAUGCUUCUAGACCCAGGCGUCCUGAGCUACGUCAACCAUCUGUGUUCCCAGAGAGACUUCGUCACCAAGGUGGAGGCCGUCAUUCACCCCCGAUUCCUGGAGGAAUUGCUUUCCCCAGAUCCACAGAUGGAUUUCUUGGCCCUAAGCCAGCAGCUGGAGCAGGAGGAAGGACUCACCCUGGCCCAGGUAGCAGAGAAGCACCUCCAAUCCUUGGAGGAGGAACUGCGUAAGAGGGCAGCCCCUAGUCAUGGCACCACCCAGCUGGACUCCAUCUCUUCCAAGUCUGCAGCGGGCCGAGGAGCAGAGAGAGAUGUCCCUGGCCCCCAACAAGGGGUCAGCAUGAAAACCUGCCCACCCCAGACGGCUGCCCGGGACCCUCAGGGACAAGGCAGAGUGUGCAUUGGGGUGGCCAAAAACCCGGUGGUGCUUUUGGAGAGGCUGGAUUCUGGCAGGCUGAGGGCCGCCCUGCCAGACUCUCCUCCCCAGGACCAGAGACCCACCUGCCCAGGCGUGGGGACCCAGGACACCUGGGGUCUCCCUGGAGCCUCUCCUGUCAAGGAGUCACGCAGGCUGUGUAAGCGGUCAAGUGGGGAGGAGAGGCAAAUCCCUGGCAUGGUUUCUGUCGUGGGUACCCACUACAGGCUGCGGCCCUGGAAGCUGUCCCAGAGCCCUGUCCCUGCCUCGGGCCUUCUCAGUCCAGAAGGACGGGGACCCCAGGGAGCUCUUCAGUCCCGGAGGGCAAAGAGAAGAGGCCUCAGCCCAGCAACAGCACCGGCUCCCGCUCCCGUGCCCGUGCCCACGCCCACCACCACCUCCAAGAAGCGAGCUCUCUGCAGAGGCCUAUCCCCUGCUGUUCAGACGCCCCACCUAAGGCCUGGGCUCAGAGUCUCUGGGGCACAAUCCCCGGCUUGGGGGCCGGGUAACCCCUCACAGUCUCCAAAGAGAAAGGGUGACCUCUUGCUCUCUAAGAAGAAGAAAAAGCAGCAUCGUAGCCAGUAGAAGGACAGGGCAGGCUCUCUGGUGCCAAUCCCCAAUGGUGGGGCUCUCAACUCUCGGACCCUCAGGGCAUCAGGUGCCUCAAAGCAAAGACUUCUCCGCCAGUGCUGACCUUGCUGGGCCUUAGCUUGAUGGGAAAGGGUGG